UGGUGGCGACAAGGAUUAGGCGCAUGCGCUUCUUCUCGCACAAGUCCCUUUCCCGUUCUUGUCGGGCGAAGAACAAGGUGAGCCGCGAUAACAGCCGGUGUGCUUCCUACUUCCCCUGGAUCUUCUCAUGCCGAUCUCCGGAGCGACGAUGCCGACGGCGUUGGCCUCUGAAUCUAUCUUGGCUGCUAGGGUUGCAAGUGCGCAUGAGGCGCCGUGCGUUGUGGGUGGGGGCGGCGACGUUGUGCCCGAUUUACCCGCUGGCUCGUCGGAUUCGGCCAUCGGCCCAGUCUUGCCGGACGUGCUUCAGUUCGAUCAAGGGUUGGGCUGGUUGAUGGCGAAUAUUCCAGGGCCUCGUGCAGGACCUUCAGCUCUGGAGGCGGGGAUGUGGCGUCGGGAUUGGCGACUCCAGCCGUCGUCUCGAACAACUCCGUCCAUUCCAGCGCCCGCAGUGGCCCGGCGGAUUCGUGCAUGCCAUUCAGUUCUGGAGGCAUGGUCCUGCCGUCGGUACUGGGCAGCAACGGGACGCCGGCCUUCGUCUCAAGCUGCGCCGUGCAGUUCGCACAUCACAGCGCCCCGGCUUCGGCGAACACCACCAUCCACGUAGGCUGGAAGCGCAGGCCAAGAGGUCCUCUUACGCCAGACGAGAGGGCUGUAGUAGCUGAUCGUGUGUCGCCACUGGAAGCUACUAUUCGAGGGUUCGCUAAUAGGGGUACUGAGGUAGUCGUGAACCCUGUGCUUGGCACUAUUUUUGAUUCGUUGGUAGAGGCGUAUGAAUUCUACAAUCUACAUUCAUGGGAGGUUGGCUUUGGGAUUCGCUACAGCAAGAGCAGGCAUAAUGUCAAUGGGAUGAAGUGUAUGCAGGAGAUUGUGUGUGGCUGCGCUGGCAAACCAGAAAGGGAGAACAACUCGUCAAUGAGGAGCAAUUGCGCUGCCAUGCUUCAGUUGCACCGGAUAGAUGAUGGUGGCCGGUAUGUAUCUGAAAAUCGCGCCUCCCACAACCAUGAAAUGCUACGGACUCAUGCUGAGAAGCUGCAUUGGCCCUCACACCGGCACAUUGACACAUACACAAGAGAUCUCGUGAAACAGUUGCGGCAGAACAAUGUAAAUCUGGGGAAGGUAUACACCAUCAUUGGGAGCCUGUUUGGGCGUAUGGAGAACGUCCCGUUCACAAAGAGGUGCCUUAGGACUUUCUGUGGGAAGCUUAGCAAGGAGCAGGCGGAUGAUGAUGUGCGGAAGACUAUGGAUGCAUUCUCUGAGCUGGGGUCAAAUGAUCCAGAGUUUUCAUGUGUUGUUGAGGUUGAUAAGGAAAGCAAGAUAAAAACCCUAUUGUGGACCAAUGGUAGAAGUAAGAUGCAGUACCACAAUUUCGGGGAUGUCAUAACGUUCGACACUACGUACAAGACAAAUCUGUACGACAUGCCUUUCAGGCUAUUUGUGGGGGUCAACAAUCACUUCCAGAGUAUCUUCAUGGGCGUGGUCAUGAUGAGAGAGGAAACGAUCGAGAGUUUCAAAUGGGUAUUCACCGAAUUCAUCAGGCUGAUGGGUGGCAAACCUCCGAAAACGAUACUAACAGAUCAAGCGCGUGCGAUGGAGGUGGCUAUACAACAAACGAUGCCGGAUGCUACACAUCGGUGGUGCAAGUGGCAUGUGCUACGGAAGGCGAAGGAGCACCUGGGGCCGCAUUACACAAAAAGCAGUGAUUUCAGGGCUGCGCUGUACAAGGUGGUCAAUGAGAUGCUCACUGUGGACGAGUUUGAAGCAGCUUGGGCUGAGCUGCUUGACAAAUACAAGCUUCACAACAACACGUUCCUGAUCCAGAUUUUCGAGGUUCGGCACAAGUGGGCGAAGCCUUAUUUUAGUGGGAAGUUCUGUGCGAAGCAAAUUAGUACGCAAAGAAGCGAGAGUGCAAACCAUUUGUGGAAGGGCUACAUCCCGCCUGCAUGCCCCAUGAACCUUUUUGUGAAGCAAUACAGCAAACUGCAGUUUGACCGAGAAGCCGAAGAAGGUUUCCAAGAGAAAAGAACGAGGCUGGGCGGGAUAGUUCUCAGAUACAAUUACCCGUUGGAGGAGCAUGCAAGCCAGGUAUAUACACGGACGAUGUACGUAAUGUUCGGCCAAGCUUUGUAUCGGUCUGGUCGGUAUGAUGUUGAAGAAGUUGAGCGAGGCAUCACCUACAAAGUUCGGCACGUCGAAGCUGAGAAGCGAGAGAAGUGGGGCCGCAAAAUGCAUGUGGUAAGUGUCCAUGAUGGCGGCGCUAGGUUUACCUGCGAAUGUGGGCUCUUCGAGCACAUGGGGAUGCUUUGUUGCCAUGCUAUCAAGCAGGUCCUAAUUCAUCUGGGGGUGAGAAAAAUACCCAGUUUCCAUGUUCUCAAGAGGUGGACAGUAGAUGCCCACGACAAUUUGCCACUCCACCUUCUCCAUUACCAAAAGGAUCAAGGCCCUCCGCGGUUAUCCUCCUACAGGCAUACAGCACUACACCUGACUGCUCUCGAGUUUGUGCAGCUAGGGGAUAGCAACGUGGAUGCAUUCGACAGAGCAAUGGACAUAUUGAUCGCAGGCAAGGCGGAGUUGACUGUUUUGGCACCCAUCAAGGAUGGCAAAAGUUUGGUGGACCAAACUCAAAUCAGGGAUUCAGCCAAUCCCAGUCAGGAUGUGGGAUCAGGUUCCUCACACCCAGACGACAUGUGUUCUCAGAUGUUCAUCUCCACCGAGUGUGGACUUAAUUCUGUUUCAGGGGAAGCUGGCUCAAGCCUCUCACUGUCGAUGUUGCUGCCUCCCGAUAGGAAGAAGCAGAAGGGUAGGCCAACCACAGUAAGGAACAAGCCUGGAUAUGAGGUCAAGGACGCGCGGUCGAGGUUUUGUACGGUUUGUAGGGAGAAAGGGCACAAGAGCACGACGUGCCCCCGCCGGGGUGAUCUUCCGAAGAAACCUCGCAAAAUACCUACCUGCGGCAAUUGCGGUGUAGUUGGGCACAAGAAAACAAGUUGCUUCAACCCAGUAUUGCCAUUCAUGAAGAGGCCUCGCGACGGUCCAGUUGAGUGAUGUUCGGAUCAACAUUUGGUGCAGGUCCUUGAAACUUAAAACCGAUGGGACAAAAAUGACGUUGUGAUCUGUUGUAGUUACCCAUAAUUUGAGUAGUUUGAUUUCCCGCAGUUAGGCAUAAUUUGUGACUGUGAUUUGUUUUUGCAAUGAGUGUUGUGUGGCGCUGUAAGGACUGUAAUUGGAUUUUCAUGCUGAUAGACCUAGUUUGGACGUGUGAUAUUGAUUUUCGAAUAAGUUAUGUCAUAACUGUGAUGGGGAUGUCGAAAAUGAUGUAAUCCUGUUAUGUUUAGUUUUCCUGCUUCGACCA